UCCCUUCUUCUUUCCAGUGAGGAAGGUUAGGAAAGAAGGACAUGGAGCAGUCAACCAUGCUUUACCCAAUGACCACGUUACUGCUUACUAUUGCUAGUAUUUUCCUUUUCUAAACUUCAUGGCAUGCGUAAAUAGAAAGCUUGCAUUUUUUUUCACCUAAGGACAGGAGUAAGGGUAAGGUUGCUCUAGAAUAGCAGACAGUAAAAGCAACAAGACAGGAAUUGAGCAAGGUGAAGGUGUGACUCUGUGAGGUGAGCGGUGACUGUGCUUUUUGUUUGACCAAGCAUUCCAUUCCUAUUUCCAAGCACGUCGGCGUGCAACGUUUUACAAGUUGGGUCUGGGAUAUACAUGUUUUGUCUUUAUGGAGGAGCGAGGAGCGAGUGGGGAGCCAAACGGCGCGUAUUGAUUGUUGGACUUGGAAGAAUUCCAUGGAAGGGAAGAGGCAGAAGGCAAGGCUCGGCUCGGCUCGCAAUAAAAUGUUAAAAAACUCUGGUUUUCAGCAUUGCUUGUGAUCUCAGCGAAACAAAACAUAUUAUUAUGUUGGGGAAUACUAAUUCGACGUUUAUUUAAAAGGGUUGGGAUUUGGAAUGGAUAGGAAAUACUGAUUGAAAGAAUUGAGGAAAUGACGGGGGCAGGAGAAUACAGCGAUCAGAGGCAUCUGCUGAGAUCCAACAGCCGUAAGGAUGAAGAUGACGAUGAUGACGACGACUUGGAAUCUCAGAUGAGCAACAACCACAACAACGCCUUUAAAGAUCUGUUCAAGCAUUUGGACAGGGGCUUCUCCGCCAGGCGCAUCAGCUUCAAACGACUCGAUAGAGACAGAGACCGCUCCUCACCGUCCUCCAUAGAUCAUCACCACAACCACCAUGCUUACGUUAUGGAUGCCGCUGAUGCGCUGGGAGAUAGCGCCCCUCCCGAAUGGGCCUUGCUGCUUAUCAGUUGCUUGCUUGGAGUCGCCUCCGGUCUCUUUGUGGCUGCCUUCAACAAAGGAAAGGGCUUAAUUCAUUACUGUUCAAGUUUGCAUUUUUGUUCCACCAUCAUCCUACGAAUACCCAUUCCUUUUUCUGUUCACGUCAUACAUGAAUGGGCAUGGGCUGGGACUCCAGUUGAGGGUGCUGCAUGGCUUCGUUUACAGAGACUGGCUGACACUUGGCAUCGAAUUCUUUUGAUUCCAGUCACCGGUGGGGUCAUUGUUGGAAUGAUGCAUGGUUUACUUGACAUAAUGAACCAAAUAAGGCAAUCCAGUUCUUCUCAACAACAAGGUGUCGAUUUGGUUGCUGGGGUCUUCCCCACAAUAAAGGCUAUCCAGGCUGCCGUAACUUUAGGUACUGGUUGUUCUUUGGGUACUGAAGGCCCCAGUGUAGAUAUUGGAAAAUCAUUUGCCAAUGGAUUCUCAUUAAUGAUGGAAAACAACAGAGAAAGGAAGAUUGCUCUUGUGGCAGCUGGAGCAGCGACUGGGAUUGCUUCAGGUUUUAAUGCUGCUGUUGCCGGUUGCUUCUUUGCUAUUGAAACUGUGGUAAGACCUCUCCGUGCUGAAAACUCACCUCCAUUUACAACAGCGAUGAUAAUUUUGGCCUCUGUUAUCUCGUCUACCGUAUCAAAUGCCUUACUUGGGACAGAAUCAGCUUUCACUGUGCCAUCAUAUGAUUUGAAAUCCGCUUCUGAGCUACCUUUGUACCUGAUUUUGGGAAUGCUAUGUGGUGUUGUAAGUGUAGUGUUCACUCGCUUGGUUUCUUGGUUCACAAAGGUGUUUGAGUUCAUCAAGGAGAAAUUUGGACUUCCUGCUGUAAUCUGUCCUGCUUUAGGUGGUUUAGGAGCAGGAAUAAUAGCUCUUAAGUAUCCUGGAGUACUAUAUUGGGGCUUUACAAAUGUCAAUGAAAUCCUACAUACUGGGAAGACGGCAUCAGCUCCUGGAAUUUGGUUGCUAGCCCAGCUAGCAGCAGCCAAAGUUGUAGCCACUGCUUUGUGUAAGGGGUCUGGGCUUGUAGGUGGCCUUUAUGCACCAAGUUUGAUGAUUGGUGCUGCUGUUGGUGCUGUGUUUGGAGGUUCAGCUGCUGAACUUAUUAAUUCAGCUAUUCCAGGAAAUGCUGCCGUUGCACAGCCACAAGCAUAUGCACUGGUUGGAAUGGCUGCCACAUUAGCUUCAGUUUGUUCAGUACCCCUAACUUCAGUUCUGCUUCUCUUUGAGCUGACAAAAGAUUACAGGAUAUUACUUCCUCUCAUGGGGGCUGUUGGAUUAGCCAUAUGGGUUCCUUCUGUGACUAACCAGAACAAGGAGCCUGAAGUAUCUGAUACAAGGAAUGAAGCAAGAGGAUAUUCUUCCAUUUCUGCUGCUGAGGAACUCUCUGUAAUAGAAAAGGCUGCUGACAAUGAAGUUGUAGAUGAAGAUACGCUACUUGAAGAUCUUAGGGUUUCUAGGGCCAUGUCAAAAAAGUAUGUAAAGGUGUCAAUGGCUGUUACUUUAAAAGAAGCAAUGAAAUGCAUGCAUGACAGCCAUCAGAAUUGUGUGCUUGUUGUUGAUGAAGAUGACUUUCUGGAGGGGAUUCUCACAUAUGGUGACAUUAGACGGUACCUGUCUAAGAAGCCUAAAGAUGUCUCCAAUGGUGAUUCAACAGCUCUGGAUGUGAAUGAAUGUCUUGUUUCCUCUGUCUGCACUCGAGGGAUACGCUACUGUGGGCAAGAGCGUGGACUUUUAACCUGUUAUCCAGAUACGGACUUGGCAAUCGCCAGGAAGUUGAUGGAGGCCAAGGGGAUAAAGCAAUUGCCAGUGGUGAAACAUGGGGGAGAACCCCACAAGGGAAGGAAGCGAAGAAUUGUUGCUGUUCUUCAUUACGAAUCAAUUUCGAACUGUCUCAGAGAGGAGAUAAAUCAUAGGAAAUCAGUCUAUCAGCAUAGGAAAGAGAACAAUCUGGAGGAGAUGGCAAAUGGCCAUUAAUGCAGCGAAGCUGCUGAUUGUCAAAUUUUUAGCUCCUCGGCCUGCUGCUACAUACUGCAACUUAGAAGAGAGACCAAGGAAGUUGGUUACGCCUACUUUAGAAUUGGGACUCCGAGUCACGCUUUGAGUCGGGAUUACUCCAUAUAGGAUUACUACAGCUUCUGCUGAGCUGAUAUACCUUAGGAUUCUUGAUGUAAUUUAGAGAAAAAUGCCUUGUACAUGCACUUUUACAGUUAUAUAUAUAUUAGAGGAAAAAGAUAGUGCAAAUCAGUAGGCAAAUCAUUUUUUUUGUU